AUGAUAACAAGCACCACCACUACAAAUCUGGGCUUGUUCCUAGCUUGCGUGUUUUAUUUCGCAGUAAAAUUCCCUCAAUCAUCGGCAAGUAGCGAUGGAGCUAAACUGGAUGAGAUUCCCGUCAUGAUGUCUUCAAAACCAAUUGUUAUCGACACUCUAAAACCGUCCAACAAUGAACUGCGAUCAAUAGUUGAGGCAGCUCUGAAAACAAAUUUCAAAAACGUGGAAGUGAACGUAACAACAUGUCCCGAUCUCUCGUCUGCUCCUUUCUCAAUGACAUCAAAUGGAUUUGGACGUAAACUAGUGAUCGCUGAAGUAGGUGGUCCAGGGAAUCUCUUUCCAACACUCCAUAAAGAAAAGGAAUUUGAUCUUCAGCAAAUUUGUAAAGACUGUAACGCGCCGUCCUCGUUUGUUUUCGGUCCAGGAGCAGGUCCUUGGCAGGUUGUUGGGAAAAACUGCGAGAUGGUCGCUGACGCUAAUUUUGCUUCAUCAAAGAUUGCCACGAAGGUGGCAUCAAUAGAGGAAGGCCAAUCGAAGCCGUACAAGGUGGAUGUCAUCAAUUCUCCAAAGUUUAGCCUGAUGGCGAACUUAGCAGUGUCAGGCGAACCUGGUCCUGCAGAAGUUGUUCAUGUGAAAUGCUCGGUGCGCACAGGACAGGACAACUUUCCAGAAACAAUAAGAAAAGGUCUCGCCAAACACUACGGCGAGAAGUGUGUAUCACUUUGUGGGAUAUUUUUGUUACGUGAAGGUGAAGCAAAACUUCAUGUGAUGCCUGAUUUUCCUGGAUGUCCGUUCAAGGCAGAGGAGGAUGUAAACAAGUGGCUACGGUUUUUCACGAUGAAAGCUCCAUUGGUUUGCGCCUCUGUGUUCCAUUCAUAUGAUCCCGGUCACAAAUUCAGAAUGGAGCACACUCAUUGCUACUCAGAUCACGGCGAUGGCGGUCACUAUCAUUACGACACUACACCUGAUACGGUUGUCUACGAGGGUUGGUUCACGGCUGCGGAGAAAAUCUAUCGAAUCGAUGAAAUUUGA